AUGAAGUUUGUAGCGUACUUCAUUCUCCUCACCUCCGCAGCUCACGCGGGGCUGCUGAGGAAAAGACAAACGUGUCCGCAGGUUUGCGAUGCUUCUCAGUGCCGCGUCCCGCCGCAGGCUUGUUACUACGGACAGGUGAAGGACGGAUGCGGCUGCUGCGUGGUGUGCGCGGCCGGUGAGGGUGAAACCUGCGGGAAGCGGAGCGGCCUCUCUUGCGGUGACGGGCUGCGGUGCGACUCUGUCCCGGGGAUGGACGGAGGCUUCCGCAGCUCUUGCGUGUGCGUCUCCUCCGGGCCGGUGUGCGGUAGCGAUGGCAGGACUUACCCCAGCAUCUGCCGCCUGACAGCCGAGAACAGAAGAGCCGAGUUCGGUGAGACCCCCCCGGUCAUUUUGAUGCAGAGGGGUCGGUGUGAUUCAGGAAUGCAACAUCCAGGAAGUAUGCGCUACAAGUUUAACUUCAUUGCAGAUGUAGUGGACAAGAUUAUGCCUGCUGUUGUUCAUCUGGAGCUUUUCCAAAGAGUGCCAUUUUCUAGCGAUGAGCUCUCCGUGUCAAGUGGCUCUGGGUUUGUAGUGUCAGAGGAUGGCUGGAUCAUCACCAACGCACACGUGCUCACCAACAAGCAGAGGAUAAAAGUGGAGCUGAGAAGUGGUAUCCAAUACAACGCUGUAGUCAAGGACAUGGACCAGAAGAUGGACAUCGCACUUAUCAAGAUCGAACCAGAUACUCCCCUGCCUGUGCUGCGUCUCGGCCAGUCCUCAGACCUGCGUCCCGGCGAGUUUGUGGUGGCGGUGGGAAGCCCUUUCUCCCUGCAGAGCACCGUCACCACCGGCAUUAUCAGCACAGUCCAGCGCAACGGCCGGGAGCUGGGCUUCCAGGACUCUAACAUGGACUACAUUCAAACUGACGCCAUGAUUAAUUACGGCAACUCCGGCGGACCACUUGUCAACUUGGAUGGAGAUGUAAUAGGCAUAAACACUCUGAAAGUGGCAGCAGGAAUCUCUUUUGCCAUUCCUGCGGACAAAAUACACCAGUUCCUCGCUGAAUCCCACAGCAGACAAGUCAAUGGAAAUGCGCAGGAAAAAAAGAAAUACAUAGGCGUCCGGAUGCUGCAGCUCUCACCAUCUUUGAUCCAAGAUCUCAGGGAGCGCGAGGGUGAAUUUCCAGACGUGGGCUCAGGAGUUUAUGUUUAUGAGGUAAUACCUGGAGGAGCUGCAUCCAGCGCUGGCAUGAUAAAUCACGACGUCAUCGUUGGCAUCAACGGGCAGCCCGUUCACACAACGCAGGAAGUGAGCCAAGCCGUCCAGAGCAGCGCCGUGCUUUCAGUGGUGGUGAGACGAAAGACGAGGGACGUUACACUAACUGUCACUCCUGAGGAGACGGACUGA